AGUACGCCCGGGUCAGGCGCAGUCAUGGAGGCGGAGGAGGCGGAUGUGGAUGUGGAAGGAGAUGUGGUGGCGGCUGCACAGCCGGGAAAUGAUGAAAAUACAGCAUCAGUUUUUCACGAUCACUAUCUUGAUUCAACAUGGAGAAGGGAGAAUGGCUAUCUUCCUUGGACUCUGGAUAGCACCAUCAGUGAUGAGAACAGAGCUGUCAUUGAGAAAAUGCUGUUGGAAGAAGAGUAUUAUUUGUCUAAUAAAUCACUUCCAGGAAAAUUCUGGGUUAAUCAAAAGGAUGAUAAGAAAUACACAAACAGUCUGCAGAAAACAGCAAAAAUCAUGGUACAUUCUCCUACAAAACCAGCCAGUUAUUCAGUAAAGUGGACAAUAGAGGAAAAAGAACUGUUUGAACAAGGGCUGGCUAAAUUUGGCCGAAGGUGGACCAAAAUCGCAACACUAGUUGAGAGUCGCACAGUUUUACAAGUGAAGAGUUACGCCAGACAGUACUUUAAAAAUAAGGUAAAGUGGAGUACAGAGAAAGAAACACCAACUCAGAAGAGCAGCAGUGAUCUUCAGGUUAAAAAUAAAGAUGAAAGGACAAAGGUGUGGGCAGCAUCAUGUUUAAGGGGACGUGCUGAUCCUAACUUGAAUGCUGUAAAAAUUGAGAAGUUAUCUGAUGAUGAAGAUGUAGACAUCACAGACGAACUGGAUGAGUUGACUUCUCAAACUCCACAAAAGAAUUCUGACAACCAUCUUACUAUAGACAUUCCUAAUAGUAAAAUUUGUAAAGCCAACCAAGGAGAAUUCAUAUGCUCAGAAGGCCUGCUAGCUAAAUCUUCUGGGGAGAAUCUUCAGAACAUGAAGCAAAGUGAAGUAGAAGAAUGUUCAAGCUCAGCAAUUACAUCGUGUGCUGUAAGACAGAACAAUAAUGGCAAAAACUCAGUUGAAUUAAGUGAGACGUACAAUAAACUGGCUGAAGAGUACAAUGUGCAAGAUGGAAAAGAAAUAGCAGAUGAAUCCAAGCACUCCCCUUCUCCAGAGUCCUGUGAGAGUCAGCAGGAUUCAAGUGGAAAUGAAAUGCUUUUGCCUCCUUUCCCAAUGGUGGAGGAAAGCCAUGAGGGAGAAGAGCUUAAGCCACCAGAGCAAGAAGUGGAAAUAGAUAGAAAUAUCAUUCAAGACGAAGAAAAGCAAGCAAUUCCUGAGUUUUUUGAAGGGCGCCAAACUAAAACACCAGAACGCUAUUUGAAAAUUAGAAACUACAUUUUGGAUCAGUGGGAAAUAUGCAAACCGAAAUACUUAAAUAAGACCUCAGUACGCCCUGGCCUGAAGAACUGUGGGGAUGUUAAUUGUAUUGGACGGAUUCAUACAUACCUCGAGUUGAUAGGAGCAAUCAAUUUUGGAUGUGAACAGGCAAUAUAUAACAGACCACAACCAGUUGAUAAAGUACGAGUGAGUGACAGGAAAGAUACAGAAGCAGCGUACCAGCUUGCCUGGCGCCUACAGUCUAUGCGUACAAGGAGACGUAGGGUCCGAGACCCAUGGGGAAAUUGGUGUGAUGCAAAAGACUUAGAAGGGCAAACAUUUGAGCAUCUGUCUGCUGAGGAGUUGGCAAAAAGAAGAGAAGAGGAAAAGUGCAAACCUAUUAAGUCUUCAAAAGUUUCCAAACUACCAAAAAGCUCACUUGAUCCCUUCCAACUGAUACCUUGUAAUUUUUUCAGUGAAGAAAAGCAGGAGCCAUUUCAGGUGAAAGUAGCUUCAGAAGCACUUUUAAUAAUGGAUUUGCAUGCUCAUGUCUCUAUGGCAGAGGUGAUUGGGCUGUUAGGAGGAAGAUACUCAGAAGCUGAGAAAACUGUUGAAGUGUUUGCAGCAGAACCAUGUAACAGUCUGAGUACAGGACUACAAUGUGAGAUGGAUCCUGUAUCACAAACGCAGGCCUCAGAAACCUUGGCUCUUAGAGGCUACAGUGUUAUUGGGUGGUACCAUUCUCAUCCUGCAUUUGAUCCUAAUCCGUCUUUACGAGACAUUGACACACAAGCCAAAUACCAGAGUUACUUCUCCAGAGGAGGAGCAAAGUUCAUUGGAAUGAUUGUUAGUCCAUAUAAUCGAAGUAAUCCUUUACCAUAUUCCCAGAUUACCUGCUUGGUUAUAAGUGAAGAAGUUAGCCCUGACGGUGCCUAUCGUUUACCUUACAAAUUUGAAGUCCAACAGAUGUUAGAAGAACCACAAUGGGAAUUAGUGUUUGAAAAGACAAGAUGGAUAAUUGAAAAAUACAGGCUUUCUCAUAGCAGUGUCCCCAUGGAUAAAAUCUUCCGCCGGGAUUCUGACCUAACUUGUUUGCAGAAACUUUUGGAGUGUCUAAGGAAAACACUAAGCAAAGUAAACAACUGCUUCAUUGCUGAGGAAUUCUUGACUCAAAUAGAAAAUUUGUUCCUUUCCAAUUACAAAAGCAAGGAAGAAAAUGGACCGGCUGAAGAGAACAGUACAAAGGAGUCAUUCUUAUAAUUAUUUAAAAUGUCAACAUGCUUUGGCAACUGCAGAUGACUCCUAUGCUGGCCUUGCCAACCUUGACUUCCUGAGAAUAGUUAGAGCCAAGGCCUUAAAGAAGCACAGAUGAGUCUGGAACUAAGGAGGCAUGUAACACAGAAGUUGAUGAAGCAGGCUCCUAAAGAAAAGCCCUUUAGGAAACAGUGUGUGUAGAGAUGGAGGACUGGAGAUACCUGAGACCCUUCAUCCCAAGUUCUGUCUUUUUGGCGGACACAACUGUAAAAUAAUGAUUUUAAUUUGUUUCCUGUUCUGAUUUUAUAAGGAAAUUUAAUAAUGGUACUUCUAUAUUAUUAGACAGUGUUCUUCAAAAAUAAUACUCAAGAAAGCAAAAUCAGGCCAUCAUUUAACCUUGAACCAUUCUUCUCCAGUCCUUUUAAAUGGCCCAGAGCUCCCAUUUCUAGUUCACAGCUCAUGAGCACUUUUGCAUACUUGGACCCCUUCCAUAAAAAACUUAAAUUUAUAUUUUAUAAUUGUGUUUGUGUUAAAUGACAAUAUUCAUAUUUUGAAUUAAAAUAUUCCUUUAAUCUAAAACUUGGAUUAUUUUUACUAAUAAAAUUAAGUAAAAUGUUUGUUAUAUGCCCUGGAAAUCUGAGACACUGUGCCUUAUGCAUGGGUUGCCUUGUCUGUAUUCAGAAGGUGCUGGAAAAUGUGGUUAGUGUUCUCUGUCUCCUUCCCACCACCUCUAGGUUAUCUGUUGUCACUCAACCCAGUAGCACUGUUUCUAUUCUCACGGGCCUAGCCAUCUGAACUACAUUCUUUCCCAUCCUAGCCAGAACUCAGGGUAUUGCUUAGCACCGUUCAUUCUUGGGAGAGAGGGACAGAGACUGGGGAGUGGAGGUGGGGAGACAGUAGUUAGACGUUAGUAGAUAGAUAGAUGUUUUUAUUCUGGUGCCUACUUUGACAGCUUGUGCCCUGCCUCAUAGGGUGAGGUCCCUUUAUUUCUUCCCUUUCAUCUCAGGCCCUUUUAUUCAUCCAUUCUCACAGCUCAUAGGUAUAAGAUUUUUUUUGUUUUUGAGCUGAGGAUCGAACCCAGGGCCUUGUGCUU